UCCACUUCAUCUCCUCCUGAAUAUAAAGAGGUGAUCCAGCAGUCCAGCAUCACUGUCUGCUUGGGAAGAUCUCCACAGAGUUCUCCACCACCUCAGCAGAAGAACCCAUCCACAAGAUCAUCCACCAGAGGACAAGAAGAACAACAGCUUGUUCAUUGUCUUUGUCGUCAUGGCGAUCCGGUGCUCCUCCUUUCUUCUUGGGAUCAUGUGUCUCCUCAGUGUCCAGCUAGCUGACACUCAGGAAGAAAAAGGAUUACUUUUGAAAGCCUUUGCAUGGACACAGCAUGGGUCACGCGAGUUCAAAUUUUUUGGCAUUGGAAGCUCAUGGAAGGAUGCUGAGAAAGUUUGUAUGCAGUCUGGUGCUCUUCUGGCUUCAGUGCAUAAUAAUAAUGAAGAGAAGUUCAUUAAGCGUCUGAUUCAAAGUCACACUGGUGAAGAUCGCCCCACGUGGCUCGGAGGCAAACCGAGUAAUGCAGGAUACUGGGUUUGGUCUGAUGGCUCUGAUUUUGACUUCGCUAAAUGGACCCCAGGCCAGCCAGAUGGCUCUGGACGCUGUUUGCAGAUCAACUACAAUGGAGGCUGGGAUGAUCUUGUUUGCACUGAGAAACGUCCUUUUGUCUGUGCCAGACAGACCGGGAAAUGAUGGUUUGGAAAGCCUGAACUGACCUGACCUGUUCCUUCCAGUACCCUUCUGCAUGUAUCAGAAAUCACAUAUAAUAAUCAACGCUUUAGCUUUGAGAGCCCCAGAUAUUAAACAUAAAAGAUUAUUAUGAUCAUUUGUUUUCAGUUUCUAUAUGUGGUCUAAAAACAACAUCACUAUAAUCUGUGUGUACAAGGGGCUGUGAUUGAUUUCAAAUAAAAUUCAGCAUUGCAUAA